AUGCAAUUUACAGCCCCAACAUCAACGACUUGGUUUCCUGCAGAGAGGCUUCAUGAACAGCCCUUUGGAACGGCCUAUGUCUAUCCCGCUGAUUCCAAGCAUGGUGUUAGUAUCUCUUUGCCUACUUGGGAUUCCACCAUUGCUUAUUUCGAGGAAGCUGAGGCUUGGAAAAAUAAACACAUAGAGUGGUGCUAUCCGAGAUUCUUUAUCAAUCGGCCUAUUCGAGAACUCGCGGAUGCAGCAUCGCAAAGACUCAACAUCGCGAAAGACGCAGACAUUGCAUACUUUCUAUUUCCCACAACAGCCAUCGCCCAGGAUUGCGCAAGGCAUGUCAUCAAGGAUAAUCAGUCAGUCGCAGUUGAUAUUGUACAUUUUAGGAAACCCGACGGCGAUUGCAAUGCAGAGACAGCCAAAGUCCUGGAUCUUGCCAGCUUCGCCAUGGCUAUAAUCCCCAAAGAAGCCAAGGUUUCCGCCAUGAUGUUCUGGAUUAACGUUGGAGGAGGGCUUACGACUAGACAUGCUACGUUCUCCAAAGAUUACAUUUGCUAUCUAGAGGUUGAAUCUAGUAACAAAAAGUUUCUAAUCGAGCCACCGAGGUCCAUAGACUCGCGUCUGCCGACUCCUUCCUGGAUAGGCGACAUUGCCUCCACGUCGAUGCAUGUCAAGUCGACGAUUGCCAAGCUGUCUACAUCGGAGAAUGCCGCCCAGCCUCAGGUGAAUGCGGAUGAUGUGAUCUUGUACCCAACCGGGAUGAAUGCAAUAUACCAUGCUUCCGAAGCUUUGGCCUCUCUUGCAACGACGUCAACCGUCGUAGCCUUUGGGUGGAUAUACGACGAAACGAUUCAUAAUCUGAAAAAUGGCCCUUGGGAAAAGUUCAUAGGCUACAAAAGGGGAACAAAGCAGGAUUUAGAGAAUCUCACGGGUCGUCUCAAGGCUGGUGAGCGUAUUGGCGCAUUGUUCUGCGAAUUGCCUAGCAACGUGUUUUUGUCAUCACCCCCUUUGCAGCGGUUACGAGAUCUUGCAGACGAAUAUGGAUUUUACAUUGCCUGUGAUGAUACCGUGGCUGGCUUCAUCAACCUUGACCCCAUGCCGUAUGUCGAUGUCGUGUUGACUAGCUUGACCAAAAUUUUCAGCGGAGCGUCGAAUGCUACGGGAGGAAGUGUUAUUAUUAACCCAGCCUCACGGGAUCACGACUCUAUUAAGGCGACUAUACAAGCUCGAUAUGAACACGCUUGUGUCUUUCCCCUCGAUACAAAAACCCUUAACCAUAACAGUAAACAUUUGAUUUGGCGGGCCAAACAAUGCAACCAAAACGCUCUUGCUGUUGUUGAAAUGCUUCAUGGCCACCCACUGAUCAAACGACUCAAUUAUCCUUCAGUUGAUGAAUCGUUGCCCAUCUACAAGAGCUUGAUGCGCAAAGACGGCGGCUACGGACAUGUCCUAAGCAUAAUUUUCCAUGAUGAGAAGAUUGCACAGCGCUUUUAUGAUAACCUGGACAUACCCAAAGGAUCCAGCUUCGGUACUAAUUUUACCAUUGCAGUGCCGUUCGCACUGCUAGUCCACUAUUAUAACCGAGAAAAAGUCGCCGCGUAUGGUUUGCCAGAGCAUAUUAUACGGUUCAGUAUCGGAUUAGAGAAUGUCGAGGAGAUCAAAACAGUCAUCCAAAGCGCGCUAGCAAAGGUUACAGAUCAGAAAAGAGAUUCUCGACUAUAA